AUGUUAUAUAUACUGGACUUGGCGCUCCACUGCAUACUAGCUUCCAAGACCACACAGCUUUCAGGACCACACAGCUUCCAGGACCACACAGCCUCCAGGAUCACACAGCUUCCAGGACCACACCGCCUCCAGGACCACACAGCCUCCAGGACUACACAGCCUCCAGGACUACACAGCCUCCAGGACCACACACAGCCCAGGACUACACACACAGCUUCCAGGACCACACAGCUUCCAGGACCACACAGCUUCCAGGACCACACAGCUUCCAGGACCACACAGCCUCCAGGACUACACAGCCUCCGGGAUCACAGCUCAGUGAGAGGUAACUAUAUACCCAUACCUAGUAACUACAUACCCAUACCCAGUAACUACAUAUCCAGUAACUAUAUACCCAUACCUAGUAACUACAUAUCCAGUAACUAUAUACCCAUACCUAGUAACUACAUACCCAGUAACUAUAUACCCAUACCCAGUAACUACAUAUCCAGUAACUAUAUACCCAUACCCAGUAACUAUAUACCCAUACCUAGUAACUACAUACCCAGUAACUAUAUACCCAUACCCAGUAACUACAUAUCCAGUAACUAUAUACCCAUACCCAGUAACUAUAUACCCAUACCCUGUAACUAUAUACCCAUACCUAGUAACUACAUACCCAGUAACUAUAUACCCAUACCCAGUAACUAUAUACCCAUACCUAGUAACUACAUAUCCAGUAACUAUAUACCCAUACCUAGUAACUACAUACCCAUACCCAGUAACUACAUACCCAGUAACUAUAUACCCAUACCCAGUAACUACACCAGUAACUAUAUACCCAUACCCAGUAACUAUAUACCCAUACCUAGUAACUACAUACCCAUACCCAGUAACUACAUAUCCAGUAACUAUAUACCCAUACCUAGUAACUACAUAUCCAGUAACUAUAUACCCAUACCUAGUAACUACAUACCCAGUAACUAUAUACCCAUACCCAGUAACUACAUAUCCAGUAACUAUAUACCCAUACCCAGUAACUAUAUACCCAUACCUAGUAACUACAUACCCAGUAACUAUAUACCCAUACCCAGUAACUACAUAUCCAGUAACUAUAUACCCAUACCCAGUAACUAUAUACCCAUACCCUUGACUGUUGCUUGUCUCGCCUCAGUGACUGUUGCUUGUCUCGCCCCAGUGACUGUUGCUUGUCUCGCCUCAGUGACUGUUGCUUGUCUCGCCUCAGUGACUGUUGCUUGUCUCGCCCCAGUGACUGUUGCUUGUCUCGCCUCAGUGACUGUUGCUUGUCUCGCCCCAGUGACUGUUGCUUGUCUCGCCUCAGUGACUGUUCUCGCCUUGUGA